AUGGAUCCAAGUUUUUCGCAGCCCGGCAUACAGUCUCGCAACUCCAUUGAAGACAUCUGGGGCCCAAGAACACCGUAUGUCCACGAAUGGCCCGUACGAGUCGACGUUGCGGCAGAUGAUGACCCGGAAAGAUGGGUUCAGAGUGCAUGUGUGCUCUGCAGCAACGGGUGUGCCUUGGAUAUCGGCGUGAAAAAUGGCAAAGUCGUAGGUGUGAGGGGCUGUGCAACAGAUCGAGUGAACAAGGGAAGGCUUGGACCAAAGGGACUUUAUGGCUGGAAAGCAAUCCACAGCAAGGAUAGGAUUACGCAUCCAUUGAUUAGGCGCAAUGGCAAGCUAGAGAAAGCAUCGUGGGACGAAGCGAUGGACCUUGUUGUACAAAAGUCCAAAGAGCUUCUCAGCCGGCUUACCGCGCAUAGCAUUGCCUUCUAUACGACGGGACAGUUAUUUCUCGAGGAGUAUUAUGCAUUGGCUCUCAUUGGUAAAGCAGGUCUCCAGACAGUUCACAUGGACGGCAACACGCGUGUCUGUACCGCAAUUGCAGCUGCCUCCAUGAGGGAAUCGUUUGGGUCGGAUGGCCAACCAACAUCGCAUACAGAUAUUGACUACACUGACUGUUUGUUUCUUGUUGGCCAUAACAUGGCAGCUACACAAACUGUAGUCUGGUCCAGAGUUCUUGAUAGAAUACAUGGCCCUAAACCUCCCAAGUUAAUUGUAAUCGACCCGCGUUACUCAGAGACGGCAAGCAAGGCCGAUAUUGACCAGGCUUACGUCGAGAAGCACGUGGUCGGCCUACAGGCACUUGAGAAAACCGGCUCUGAACACACCACGGAAAAAGUGGAAGAAAUCACCGGAGUUGCGGCUACUAAGCUCCAGCAGGCGGCGCAGAUAAUCGGGACAACACCAACUCUGCUGUCUACAGCCUUACAAGGCGUGUAUCAGUCCAACCAAUCCACGGCAAGUACUUGUGAGAUAAACAAUAUCAACCUUAUGCGCCGACUCAUUAGAAAGCCUGGCAGUAGCGUGCUCCUGAUGAACGGACAGCCCACGGCUCAAAAUAACCGUGAAGUGGGUUGCGAUGGCGAAUCUCCCGGUUUCCGCAACCACCAGAAUCCGGCACAUUUCGACGAACUGGCCGAGCUCUGGAACCUGGACAAGAUUCGAAUUCCACACUGGAAUGAGCCGACUCACAUAGAAAACAUGCUCAAGUAUAUGCAAAAUGAAAACUAG